AUAUUUUUUCAGUUUUGCUGCGAAGAUGAAUGUGAAAUUGUUACUGAUUUUAUUGGUUGCGUUCUGCGGUUGCUCGUCUUCAGCUUCCUUGAAGAGGAGUCCGUAUCAUUACGAGUACAAAAACAAAUUCUAUUAUUUGGAAACUUUAUACAAGACUACGUGGUUCAAGGCCUUUAUGGCCUGCAGUAAAAUGGGCAUGGAAUUGUUGAGCAUUGAUUCCGAUGAGGAGUUCGAUAAGAUUCAUGAGUUCGUCAAGGAUAAAAUGGAAUACAAGAAUGAUCUGGAGAUCUGGACGUCGGGGGUGAUAAAGGAAAAAGAUCAAUUCGGUUGGAUUAAUAGCGGAAAUCCGGUAUUUUCCAGAUGGCAUCCGAACCAACCGAACAACUACAGUGGACACCAGUUCUGUCUGAACAUUUGGUACUUCAACAAACAAUUCCUGCUCAACGAUAUGGAAUGCGAUACAAAUAUGUACUUCAUAUGCGAAUCGAGAAAAGUUUAACAAAAUCUCAUAACACAAAUAUCAAUCAGCUGAUAACAACGCAAUAGUCUAGACGUGAUAGUAUGAUAUCUCGUUCCAACUCGGUCAAUUUGACCGUACAUAGUAAGUUUUUAAUCCGGUCAUAAAGAAUAGGAUAGAAUGUAUUUGAAUUUGAACUUUUCUAAUUCUAAUAAAUCUGAUUUGUCAAUAAAAGGAUUGUUUCAACUCUGCAGAACUAAAAUCAACUUCUCCGUCUGUUUAAAACUAAAUUCCGAUGAAAUGAAUACUUUUUUUGUAUAACCAAAGCCUCCUGUGUUAAGGACAGAGCGGAUAUAUUCGCCGCUCGUCCGCGAAUACUUAACAUUUUCAAUUUAAUAUUAGAACAGCAAGUCUUUAUAAAUAAUAAUACG